AUGGGCAAAUCACGGAGAAACAGAGCUCAUGCUCAUCGCUCCGACCCUAUGUCUGCUGCCAUAAAGCCAGUCAAAGCUCCAAACGACCCUGAGCUUGCUGCACUCAGAGAGAAGCGAAUCCUUCCCGUCAUAAACGACCUCCGGAGCGUUGAUUCCAGCGCUCGAUCAGCAGCUGCCGGUGCUGUGGCCAACAUCGUUCAGGACGAAAAGUGUCGCAAGCUUCUUCUGCGAGAGCAGAUCGUGCCCAUCGUCCUCACAGAGACCCUCACUGACGCAAGCCUGGACAGCCGGGCUGCUGGCUGGGAGAUAUUGCGCGUGAUUGCUUCAGAGGAAGAGAGCGAUUUCUGUGUUCACUUGUUCAGACUUGAUGUACUGACUGCCAUAGAGCAUGCUGGCAAGAAUGUGGUCCAAACAGUUGCAGAGUCAUCUUUCGCCAAGACACCCAAGGCUCAGCAACAAGUCAUGUGGAACAUCACAACAGCACUUAUAUCACUGAUCAAUGCCCUGGCUACUGCUCGGGAUGAGAUUUUGGAUGCCAUAGCCUCCAACCCCCAGAUCUUGCCAUUCCUGUGCUUCCUCGUCACUCACGCCUCCACGCCAUAUGAAACCUCCACUGAGGCUCUCAGCUGUUUGAUGUCGCUGUCUGAGGACAACCUCAAAGUAUCGCAGCUCGUAGUAGCUGACCCAUCAAAUUGUUUCAGAACUCUGGCAAAGUUCAAAGAGGGCACCGACAUCAAAUCAGUAUACUCAUGUGGUGUUCUUCACAACAUUUUCUCAUCACUCGAGUGGCACGACGGGAGUCCUGGUCAAGAUGGUGCCACAGAUGCACAACUCAUACCCAGUUUAUCUCGAGUGCUGGAGCGGACAAGGCAGGAUUCCAAGACGAAUCAGAUCAGUGGAGUAUCCCCUGAAGCAGUGUCACUUGCACUGGAAGUCUUGGCCUCCAUAGCAACAGAUCUUCAGGGAACUGUGGCAAAGGGCAACAAGGCUGACGAGGAGUGGAAUGGUAUCGAGGACGACGAAGCAAUGGCAGAGGAUGACGAUGACGAAGCGAAGCACGAAGCAGACGACGAAGAUGUGGAUGAUGCAGAGGCCAUGGAUGCUGAUGGAGCUGAUGGCGAGGUAGACGACGAAAUGGAUGAAGACGCAAUGGAGGCAGACCUGGAUCUCGUUACGGGAGGAGACGACGGUGGUGAGGACGAUGGCGGAGUCGACGACUUGCCUACACUGAAGGAGUUCAUGACGAAAGCGGUACCUCACAUCAUUCGCAUGGCCAACCUCGCACCUGCAUCUGAUGAAGCGGUGGCUAUCCAGAGCGAAGCGUUUUCCGCUCUCAACAACAUAUCUUGGACGCUGUCCUGUUUCGACUAUUCGGAGUCUGGCAACGCCGGCAUUCUGAGAGCCUGGACGCCAGCAGCCAAGCGGAUCUGGUCAAACGUCAUCGCCCCCGUCCUCACGACCGACACUGCGGAUGUGUCCUUGGCUUCUCUUGUCACGAGCAUUGCCUGGGCGGUCUCCCGCACUCUACAGGGAUCAACGCCUCUUGUUGGCGAUGAACACCGAAAAUUCAUCGCUCUUUACAAAGCCUCCAAGGGCUUACCUGGGAAGCCUGAGGACCAAGCCGGCCAAGAAGAGGCUGACCCCUUCCAAGCCCUCGGAGUCAAGUGUGUCGGUGUGCUGGGCCAGCUUGCUCAGGAUCCCGCGCCAAUCAGCCUGAACCGUGAGGUCGGCAUCUUCCUGAUCACCAUUCUCAACGGGCUGCCGGAUGCACCUGCCGCAGACGCGGUGGAGGCUCUCAACCAGAUCAUGGAUAUUUACGGCAACGAGACCCAUGCAUGCGACAAGGAGGUGUUCUGGAAGGACAACUUUUUGAAGCAUCUCGAAGACAUCCUCCCUAAGGCCAAGGCUGUGGCGAAGACGAUUGACAAGAGGGGCGCCACAACCGAACUUCGAGCUCGGGCAGACGAGGCCGUAAUGAACCUUGGUCGCUUCAUCCAGUACAAGAAGAAGAACCCCCCAAAGGCUUGA